AUGUCCGAAUACUUUCGAAAGUAUAUAAAGAAAGAGAAUUAUCCAAAUCAUUUGUAAUGACAUCUAUCUUUAUCCUUUUAAGUUCAAAUAUUAAAUAUAAAACAUCUUUUAGAAAUUGCAUAUUAGAAGUUUAAUUUUCAAUCAAAUAAAAUAGGCAUUUAAACGAAGAAAUUGGAGAGAAACAGAUGGUGAUGAUUGGGACAUAAUGUGGGCUGAAAAAGAAUGGAUUCAUGAAGUUAUGGAUCAUAUACAUCUUUAACAUCAUCAAAAAAUUAAUCAUUUUCGCAAUCAUUAUGAGGUAAUACUAAAUUUUAAUUUAGCUUACAAGAAAAGAUUUGAUGAUUAAAAAUUUAAAAAAAUAAAGAAGAAUGCUAGAAAAAGAAGGAAAAAUUGAUGAAGCUAAUUCGUAUAAAAGUCCUUUUAACGACUUAGUUAUAAUUUUUUCCCACUUACCUAUCAUCUACCAAGUGAAUACCCAAUAUUUAAUGAAGAAUUCAAAAGAUAAGGUGAUAAUAAAACUGCUUGGAUUAUGAAACCGGUAUUUUUUAUAUAUCUAAAUUAAGAUUGGAAAAUCAUAAGGACGAGGUAUUUUUUUAUUUAAUAAAAUACAACAAAUUUCUUAAUGGAAAAAUUAAGUUAAAUUUAAUCCUGAAAAUCCAUCUGCUGAAUCUUAUAUAGUUUAAAGAUAUAUAGCUGAUCCUCUCUUAAUUGGAGGUAAAAAGUUUGAUGCUAGAAUUUAUUUAUUAUGUACAUCCUAUUCUCCUUUAACUUUAUAUUUAUAUAGAACAGGUUUCGCUAGAUUCACUCAUCAUAGAUAUGAUAAUGAAGAUAUUACAAAUACAUGUAAUAAUUAUCAUAAAAUUAUAAUAGAUGUCCAUUUAACUAAUGUUGCUAUCUAAAAAACAUCUGAUAAUUAUGAUGAAAAAUUAGGUGGGAAAUGGGAUUUAUAAAAACUUAAAUUAUUCUUAAUGACUAAAUAUGGAUAAGAUAAAGUUUAAGAAUCUUUUUAUAAUAUAUAAUUAUUAAUGAUUAAAUCAUUAUAAGCAGUAUAGAAAAUUAUCAUUAAUGAUAAACAUUGUUUUGAAUUAUAUGGAUUUGAUAUUCUAUUUGAUUCAACUUUAAAACCAUGGUUACUAGAAGUUAAUGCGAGGUUAAUUUUAUUUAAUUUUAUUAAGUCCAUCAAUGACUUCUAAUACACCUAUUGAUUUUGAAUUAAAAUGCGGAUUACUUGAUGAUGUUUUUACAAUCAUAGAUCUUGAAAAAAUAUUAACAGGAAAUGAAGAGUAAAUAGGAGGAUUUGAUUUAAUUUAUAAAGGGACUCCAAUUAAAUCCUAAUAUUUCAAUUCAUAGAUAUCAUUCUUAGGUACUUUCAAUAAUCGAAAAAUAAAUUUAAAAAAAUUAGCCAAAACUUGUGGUAUCUAAUUUUAAAAAUAAAAUAGCUUUAAAAUUAACUCAAAUUACUGCAUCAACUUCUUAGUAGUAAUUAAAGAAUUCAGAAGAUACAAAAAAAGAUAAAGAUGACAAAUAAAUGAGAAGUUCUUCAAAAAGCUCAUAAAUCAAUUAAGUAAAAUUAAAUUAAAAAAAAAGAAUAAUAAAAUGUAGAAUAAAAUAAUAAAUUAACCAAAAGGCUUAUCAAAUAUAAAACGAACUUCUACGGAAUUACCUAUUUUAAUGAAUAAAUAAAAUGUUAUACAAAAUGAAACAUAACAAAAUAGUCAACAAAAAUAUACAAUCUCAGUAGGAUAGAAGAAUGAAUUAGAAUAAUAAUAAAAUAAAGUGUAUUUAUUAAAUAUAAUAUUAGAUUUUCAUAAUUAAAUAAUUCUGCUUUCAACCCUUAUCAAUUGAUUGAUAGUGUUAAAAAUAAUAAUCAAGGAACAAAAAAUAGUUUUUAAAAAUUACCAAAAAUAGCUAAGAUAGAAUCUUUCAUAUCAGAUACAUGA